GGCUCCCCCUUCGUUCCUUCCCAUUGUAAGCUACAGUAUCAAGCUAACGGUAUUUCCUGAGAAGAAACUAUUCAUGGCUGCCUCAAAGAAAUUCUACGAGAUGACGGCGAAGCUCUUAACAGGAGAACUGUUCAAUUUCUCCUCUCUCCAGGGCAAGGUGGUGCUUAUCGAGAACGUCGCUUCCCUCUGAGGUACGACCUCCAGGGAUUACACCCAGAUGAACGAGCUCCAUGAUCGGUACGCCGGCAAGGGGCUUGUGAUUCUGGGAGUGCCCUGCAAUCAAUUCGGACAUCAGGAAAACUGUAACAACGAAGAGAUCCUUUUGUCCUUGAAGUACGUCCGUCCUGGAAAUGGCUUUGAGCCAAAGUUCCAGCUCCUGGGGAAGGUAGACGUGAACGGAAAGGACGCCGACCCCCUGUUCCAGUUCCUGAAGGAGAAACUGCAGUUCCCUAGCGACGAUCCCAUGUCCCUCAUGGGAGACCCCAAGUGCAUCAUCUGGAGUCCCGUCUGCAGGAACGAUGUCGCCUGGAACUUCGAGAAGUUUCUCAUCGGCCCUGACGGAGAACCUUUCAAGAGGUACAGCCGGAGGUUCCUAACCAGCAACAUUGAGGGCGACAUCAAGAAGCUCCUUAACCUUGCUAAUUAAAGAGUCCCUAGUCUUGUUCACGCAGAAGCUGUGUUGUUCACAUUUAGGGACGUUUAGCGACACAUUAAAUGGGAACAUUCAUUUAUAUCCAUCAGAGUAGAUGGUGUGUUUUCUACCGUCCAAACUAUCAAUGACGAUGACUUAUGCUUUCUGACCACCUGUGCUUCUGUAUGUGGGACAUUUACUGUAUGAAGACAUCCUUUGAAACCAAAUGUAUUGAGAGGGAUCUCUGAUGAAAUGUAAAGGCCUUCGCAUUACAGUUGUACUGUGUCCACGAAAAGCAUAAGGCAUCAUGUAAAUGACAAAUAAAUGGUUGAAUGAA